CAGCAAAGCGGGUGACUCGUGCCGAGAGGCUGGGAGCUGCGGAGCUGUGCAGCCGGGCUCAUUUCUGUACCCCCCCCCCCCCCGAGGUGGGCUGUUACCCGGCGAGGGGACCGCGUGUGCGACGUGGGCGAACCCAGUCGAACAGUUUGGUUCUCACAGAGGAAGUACAAGAACACCCCUCUGCUCCGGACAACUCGUUCCACGUGUUCUUCAGCCUGUCCCACGCCUGAGUGGUGAUCCUGCCGUGUCCUCGGUCUGCAAAGCCGUUUGUAGAGACAUGUUCAACGGAAGCCGGAAAUACAGCCCCUUGCCUUCCUCGCCGUCUUCCUCACGGGCAUCCUCCUCCUCCUCCUCCUCCUCGCUGCCGGCGGCUCCGCGGAGAUCCCCACGGGCCCUGCAACGCCACAGCUCGCUGCUCUCCCAGUACAGCAGCUUGCUGGAGAGCUACACGGAGGGGGAGAUCCGGCAGCUGAUCUCGGCGCUGGUGGAGCGCUACAGCCAGGCCAUGAACUCGGGCGGCCACGAGCUGCCGCUUUUCCCCCGGGCGGGCAGCCGCAGGAAGCGUGCCCGCGCUCGCCACAAACCCUGCGCCCUGAAGGAGCUGGAGGUGAGCGUCAGCGAGCUGGGCUUGGGCUACGAGUCGGACGAGACGGUGCUUUUCCGCUACUGCAGCGGCACCUGCGAGGCGGCCGUCCGGAGCUACGACCUCUCGCUGAAAAGCAUGAGGAGCAGGAGGAGGAUCAAGAAGGAGAAGGUCCGGGCUCGGCCCUGCUGCCGGCCUCUGGCCUACGACGACGACGUCUCCUUCCUGGACGCCUACAACCGCUACUACACCGUCAACGAGCUCUCGGCCAAGGAGUGCGGCUGCGUGUGAAGGGCCGGGCGCCCCCCCCGGGAGGAGCGGGCAGAAGAGGCGAUGCCCCGGCCCCAAAACCCCGCUGGCCGCCAGGCAGAGGGACCGGGGGCUGCGGCGGGGGGAGAGGGACGGGCCCCGGACCUCUGGCUGGAGGAGGAGAGACUGAGCUGCUGGUGCGUCCCUCGGCGUUACCGUCCCGCUCGCACGGGACUAGAGACGUGGCUGUCGGUGCCGGCAGAGGCUGCGGUUCGUGGAGCGGUGACGGCUGCUUGCGGCUGUUGUCCCCGCCGAGGGUGGCCCAGGGGUCCCUGUCAGCCUCCCCGGAGGGUGACGGUGGGUGUGCAACAUGCACAGGGCGUGUUCUACACCCGGGGCGCGUGGCGCGCACGGGGUGCGUUACGUGUCACACGUACGGGUCGCGUUACCGGCAGAGGGGUGUUGCAAAGCGGGUGUCCCCUGCGCAGGGUGUGCCACACGCAGCAGAGCUGACGGGUCUGGGGUGCAGGCGUUGCGUGUUGGGGGGCGGGGGGGAGCGUUGCACACACCGGUGCGUUGCACAGGCGGUGUGUUGGUGCACAAGGGGUGUUGUGCAGGUGUUGCUGCAUAUGGCGUGGUGCCGGCGGUGUGUGUUACCAGACAGGGUGUGCUGCGUGCCGGCGGUGUGCGUUACGGGGUGCGUUACAGGUGCGGGGUGCGUUAGAUGGCUGCGGGUGCCCUGUGCUGCCCCAGGAUGGGGGCUGAGCCCUGCGGUCCGUAGCUGUGGGGGUUUCCCAGGGUUUCGUGACCACCGUGCUGGUGUCUCUGCGCUGCCGGGGGCAAUCCAGCACCCCAAAUCCCCGUGUUUGGGAGCAGAGAUGCACCGGCAGCGGUUUGUGCUCGGGGGACAGGCUCUGGCUCCGCUCCCCUUGCCCGCUCGUGCCCCUUUCACCAUCGUCUCGCUCCCCGCAGCCCCAGGCUUUUCUUCUUAAAACUCGGGAUAAGCUGAAGUAACUGGAUUAACGUCCUGUCCCCCACCGCGGGCAGCUGGGCUGGAGACCUGCCACCGCCACGGAGGUGACAGAGCCUCACGAGGCCACCAGCGACGCCCCGGCACUCGCCGCCCUCCGCCGGGUUUGCAGCACGGGCAGGAGCAUCCGCGGUUUGGCAUCUCCCGAAAGCCGGACCGUCUCUCCUGGCCACGGCACGCGAGUACUGGCCAUCGCCUCUGCGGGGCUUGAAUCGUGCGGGAGAGGGGGCUCAGGCCUGGGGUUUGGCUCCGGUUUGCAUUUACAGCAGUGUCACUGUUGUUUACUCUGCAGAGAAAUAAAUGAGACCGCAGACUUUUGCAUUCUCUGGGCAGGCUAUAUUUGUUGCCUGGGAUUGAUGGGUUUUCUCCCCUUGGCCCUCUUCCCAGAAAAAGCAAAUCAUAAACAGAAGGAGAAUAUUGGUGUCAUGUCCUGGGCAUUAACCAACGUGAGGGAAAAUGCUCCGCUUGCCGCCCCCCGAUCGCGACGGCGUCCCAGCAACUCGGUUCAGCUAAACGGGGGGGGGGGAAAUCCCGUGCACCUCCGUUGCAGCGCGGUAGGAAUGAGGAGGAGUGCUUGUAUAGGCGGCCACAGGGAUGCUGCUGCAGGAUUUUGGGGAGCAGGUUGGCAUCCCCCCAGGAUGGGACAGCCCCAUCCCACCACGGGCUGGGAGUCAGCUCUUCCCCCUGCAUCUCCCGCGGGCGAGCAGCAGCAUUCCCGAUCUCUGCAAAGGGCCAGGCUGGGGUUGGUGGGGUUUUUUUGGUUUUUUUUUUUUUCUUUUUUUCCUUUUCAUCCAAACGCCGCUCUUGGCUGAGCGGAGCCAGGAUGUAGUGAAGCAAUAUAAACACCAUCCUUCAGCAGGGCUGGCCGCGCAGCCGGCGUCCCCGGGAAAGCAGCCUGCACUCUGUAACGCAGAGUUUUCCCCUCGCUGUUGGGAAAGGGAGAAGGCAGCCACGGGUGCAGGGUGCGAAACCCACCCGUGGGGCAUCGCACACGCUGGUGAACCCGCACGGGCUGGCGGACCUGCUGGGACCAGGCAAGCUCAAAGCACCUUGCAGGUGCGCGGAGCUCCCAAAACAGGCUUGCAAGGUGCUGCAGAACCUCGAGGGAGAGUUUGCGCCACUGGGUUUGGAUGGAAAUUCAAAAAGAUGGCCCAAAAUAAGCAGCCGGGGGAUGCGCAGCGGGAGCAGGAUGGGGAGAGCAGAUGGGCAGCCGUCAGCGUGAUCCGUGCCAUGCUCACGGCAGAUAAGCAGCUCGCUCUUUACUUUAAAAAAAAAAACAAAACAAAACACCAAAACCGCACCCAAAGCUAAUAAUAAUAACUGCACUCUCAAGGGCUUGGGUGCUUUCCAGUUCCCACUACUAUAAAACUAAAAUUAGUUUUGUUGCAGAAGCCUCCAGUAAAAAAAAAAAAACAAACCAAAAAAAAAAACCCCAAACAGAACUGGAGCAAUAAAGCAAGGUAAGGUGUUGCAGAAGCAGUGCAGGACCAGGCACCGUGGGAGGAGGGUUUGGAGCCGAGUUUCCCGGAGUUGCCUCCGCUUGUGUUACCCUGAGCCCAAGGAGGUGGCUGGGCGAUGGCGGGGCUCUUGCGUUUCCCCAAGUGGCUGUUUGCACCCUGGUUUGGGAAAGUUUUUUUGCAGUACCUAGGGAUUUAAGAUGCCUUGAUUUGCAGGCACCCCACGGGCUGACGGCUCCCUCCUCUCGCCAGCAGCCAGGGACGUGUGGGGGCGCGGGAGCAGGCGGAGGGCGCUCGGCCACCCCGGACCUCAUCCAGCUGCAAAACACCCCCAGGUGCACCCAUGUGCAGCGCAAAUCCAGUUUGCAACCCCAAAAAAACCCCCAGGCCCACUGGGGAAUAAAACCCCCGAUGCAAGGCGUGUGUUACAAAUCAACCUGAAUAGCUCCAAUUAAUUUUUUUUCCCUCUUUUUUUUUUUUCUUUUCCUUUCACCCUGCCGGCAGCUGAGCACCGGCCUGUGCAGAGGUGUAGGGGAAGGGCCUGACAUCUGCCGCUGCGGCGCGGCGGCCGAGCAUGCUGCGCCUGCUUUUUUUUUUUUUUUGCUUUUUUUUGCCUUUUUUUUUUUUUUUUUUGGGUGCAGCGGGGUUGCUUGCAGCUGGGAUUUGCAGCCGCAAAACUCCCCGACCGGAUAUCGGGGUUAGCUGGGGCGUCACGGCCGCGGCCGAAGGAUGGCUUUUCCUUGCGUGUCUUCUUCCCUGGGUCUCGCUUGGCGCCCGUCUUCUACGUGAUGCUCCUCCGGCUCCGCCGCGGGAGCGUUGCUCGACCCGUGCCGUCCUGCGUCGCUUCGCUGCUGCCUGGGCAUGGAAAUGUGGUUCCAAUAGAAAGGCUGAUGGUUCCCUAAUGCCUUCCGUUUCUACAGCCCUCUCUGCUGUAACAGGAGCCGGAGCUGUCCGGAAGAAUGUCUACAAUGCAGAAAGGGCAAAAAAACAAAAAAAACAAAAAAAAAAAGGAUGGAAAAUUCCCUACUCAAAGCUACAGCAAAAUCUCAUCUGGCUCCUUCCUCAUCAUCCCGUGCAUUAUUUAUUGGUAAUAAUGAUAAACAGCGUGCAACAUCUAUCCGGGGGCGGUGGUUUGAGGUUGGGGUUUUUGCAGCUUGCCUGUCUGUCGCUGCAGCUUUGCUGUCCGCAGCGGCACCUCUCCCCAGGACAGGAGGGUCUCUCACAGCGGUUGAAAAAUCGGGAGGUUUUGGAAACGCGAGUUGCUGUUUAAAACUAUUCUGGCGGUUGUGACAGCGCAAAAUAUGAGUGUUAUGUUAUCCCGGCUCUCCGACAAUGAGUUAUGGGAUGUUUCAUUGUGCUUUACUAUACACAUCUCUAUACGUACGCGCCUGUGUUUGUGUAACGCUGGCCGGCGCAGGAGGCGGCCGAAGCGCCGCGGCUCCGGCUCUGGCUCGGAUCCACCCGUCACUCCCCUCGGUCGGGAUCCCAUUUGCUGACAUGGUCUCACUCCCGAUUUGGUAUCUGCGAGGGGGGAAAAUGGGUCUAACAUCAUUGUUUCCACUCGAUGAAAGCACUGGCAAAGGGAGCGUUCCUUAUUUAAACAGGUCCAGAAACUUGCUGGGAAGGAAUCACUUUCCCAAUUUAUCAAGACAAAUUAUUUUUCGGCGGUAUUCAAAACCUCAGCCUUCUUCCCUUCGUAAAUAGGGCUACCACAUGUUUUCGUUCUUGGUUAAACAAGGCCUAGCCUCAAACUUGAGGCCCAAGAGGAGGGGAGGGGGGGGGAGGAAAAAAAUAAAGGAAAAAAAGGAGAAAAAAAAAAAAAAAGGAGACGUUUCACCGCCGUCAGCGGGAGCAGGGUGGGAGCGCACGGUCCAGCCCACGGCUCCGCUCGGCACCGUCCGGAUAAACCCGUUCCGGUAUUGUCGGGUCUGACCGACCUCUGCAGAAGUUGAUGCAAUGCAUCUAUAUUUUAGAUACUCUCUAUUUAUUCGAAGUAACUUAUGUUAUUUAUUUAGAUACCAUAGUGUGCCAUCUACGUAAUGCGUUCUUUCUCUCUCUCUUUUUUUUUUUUUUUAAUUUUAUUUAUUGAUCCAAAUGGUGCCAAGUGCAGUUUACAUUUAUUACAUUUUUACCAUUUAUUCUGAACGUUGGGGGAAAAAAAUGCAGUAUGAUAUUAUUUUUUUUUAAACAAAUGUAAACUCGGGUGUGAUGCUGUUACAUACUCACGACAAAGUGAAAUAAAAGGAGGAUUAUAUUGA